UGUCCUGGAUAGUUGGAAUAAAUCUCAUUUUCUCUGGUCUCCAUGCCGAGGCGAGGAUUGGCUCAGCGGCGCUGCAGCCCGCCCUCCUCCUUCCCACGUCCCCUCCCCGCCAGCUUCGCUCCCUCUCUCCCGUGGCAUCGGGGCGUCAGCCUGGGAGAGCCAGCUUUUGGGGGUACAGCUGUGGCAAAAGUGGGGGGCAUGCCUUACCUUUCUCCCCGACCCUGCUCCGGGACACAGCGCCAGUAACCAUUGGAGCAAGCUACAGGGAUUCACAAGGAGUGUCUCCCAACUUUUCGGCCGGAGGACGGGAAAAAAAAAAUAACCCUGGUUCGGAAGAGGUGGCUGACGAGGGGACCGAGGUCCUUCCCUGCCGCUCCACUCCAAACUCCCACAACCCACUGCCCUAUCUGUGACUGGCUCCUGUGUGCCUGGUGGCAGCAGAAGACGGCGGAUUAAAUCUUAAGCCCGUGACCAGACGCAGCUUCCAGUGGCCGUUGCAGCACCAGGGCUGACCCUGGACUCCUGCUGGGGACACCUCCACAGCACCACCGUCCUCGCCGCUGGGGACAUACCUGCUGCGGGUGAUUUCAUGAGCACAGCAUCGUGCAGGAAAGCAGUGGGACAGGCACCCUUUUCACCUGCUGAAAGCCAAGGUGACUUGAGCUGUUCCCCUGAGAGCAUUGGAGCAGGAGCCAUGGCGAGGCCAGCGAUGUGACAGGCCACCCUGCUGCUGGAAGCCCAUUGAGGGCUGGUUUUUGGGGCUUUUGCAGGACCAGAGGUGAGGUGAGGGGUGCAACAUGAGCCUGGGGAAGCUGCCAGUGCUCAGCUGGGUGUCAGGCUCCCAUGGCAAACGGCGGCUGAAGUCGGAGCUGACGCCAGACAUGAUCAGCCCACCGCUGGGGGACUUUCGGCAUACCAUGCAUGUGGGGCGUGGUGGGGAUGUCUUUGGGGACACCUCCUUCCUCAGCAACCACGGUGGGGCUGACACAGACAAAGCCAACAACUUCUUUGCCCGGACACUGCGGCACGUCCGCCGGACACCGCUGAGGAGCCGGGGUAGUGGGGGCCAAGCGAAUGCAUCACCUGCCCCCCCUGCCGUCUCACCUAUCAUCAAGAAUGCCAUCUCACUGCCGCAGCUCAACGAGGGGACCUACGACGGCAGCAGUGGCCGGGGCUUGACCAGCAAGUUCUCCUUCAAGAGCUCCUCCAAUAGAUUCUCCAAAACGCACCAGGCCUACGGGCUGGAGUCAGGGUUUUGCACCAUCCCUCGUGUCCCCCGCUUGGAAAAGGGCCCAGAGAGCGACUUCCCCGGGGAAGAAGAACUGAAGCAGUCGGACUCCCUGCUCUCCUUCCGCCUGGACCUGGGGCCCUCCCUAAUGAGUGAGCUCCUCCAGAUGAUGAGCUUCUCCGAAACCAACGGGAGAGCGGUGGGGGAGGAUGGGCCAGACCUCCUGCGAGAUGAGGGGGCCAAGGACGAGGCCCCUUCAGCAUCUAGUGCAUCACCUGGAAAGGACAAGGCAACAUCCAGCUUCUGGGACCACUCCAGACAGAGCAGCCUGUCAGGGGCCAGGUCACUGCCGGGACUGUCGGUCCAUGUCAACGGAGAGGCACACACCAUCGAGGGCAUUGGAGAGGACCCUGCCUGGUCUUCAGGGCCGGGGGCAGCGCCCAGAGGGACCCCAUGGCAGGGACACUGGAAUGACUGCACCAUUGAGGCAGGAGAGUUUGACCGGGCAGCCCAGGUCCUGGCCCGCCAUUAUGGUGGGACCAGCACCCCGCGGAGCUCAGAGAAGGGUGAGGGUCCCCGGCAGGCCCGGACGCAGACCCUGUGGGAGAGCCCCAGCAGCAGCUCGUGGCGGUCACAAGUGACACGGGGGAGCCAGUCCCCUGAGGCCACCUGGAACCAAGGAGAGGAGGAUGAGGAGGAGGCCGAGCUCUCCAGCCUGCAGGAGGGGUACGUUGGUGCCCCGGGAGGGCACAGCAAUUCCUUCGAGUACGCGGAUGAGGAGGAUGAGGAGGAUGAUGAAGUUAAGGUGUGAACGGCUAUUCCUCUUGUCACAGUCUCCCACCAGAAGAAUCAGUGCCAGCAUCUUUGCCCUUCUCCCUGUCCCCCACCCUCAGGUGUCAGCAUUGCUGGCAGACCCAGCAGGUGAUCUCGUUGCCAGCUGAGGGCACUGGGGGGCAGGAGGAGCACCUGUCUCCUGGGGGGCUCCCCAGGGCUGGGCCAGGUUGCUGCAGGGGGCUGGUGAGGUCUGUGCAUCGCAGCACUGGGCAUCACAGCCCUUCUCCAGCUUCACUGCCACUAGAUACCAAAGGGACAUCCCCAUGUGCCGAAGAAAACCCAAACCCCUUCCUAUCACAUCUCAUUCCCCUCAAUGCCCUCUCUUUCGUCCCUCAGCCUCGCACUGCCAGCGUGUCUGUGGACAUGCCCCAUCCUCCCACCAAAGUGUCCAGCCAAUCUCUGCACUGGCACAGGUGCUGUCCCAGAAAUAUCCCCACCAAUAACUCUGGCACAUAGGGGAUGUGGGUCUCCACAGCUUCAGGUGGUGCGAGACCCUUCUCUAUGGCACAUCUAUCUACCUGGGGAGGUCAGCUGGGGGCUCAAGGUGUAGGCAAACCCAACACAGAGCUGGGUUUUCUCCUUCUCCCUCCAAAAUAAGUCAUGAGCUCAGCAUUUUGGAGGUGAGAGCAUGCACAGAGAUAAUCGCAGGGGUCUUUCCAUUUGCCUGCUGCUGCUCAGCAUCACUUAGGCUGUCUCCCUUUCUGACCUCCACCUCCUCACAGCAGAGAGAGGAGAAACUUCUUGGCUGGCUGGAGGGAGAAGUGAGGUUGUCAGGUCACCGAAUUCUGCAGUUGGGUCCCAAAAAUCCCUUCCUUUCCCCCACCUCAGAACAAGGAGACUCCCCCUCUGCAACUGCUUGGUCUGCACUGCCCCUUCUUCACCCUCGUCCCCUCUCCCUAUGUGCGCACCCCUCUUUUCUAGCACACCCUUUCCCAGGACAGCUAAUGCCCCUCGCUGAGCGGUCCUGGGUGAUGUGGGGGCCCUGGAACGAGCUGCCCCCCACGCUGCCCCGCGUGCAAGCUGGCUCUCACAGAAGCGCCUUUGUGCCGUGGCAUGGAGCCGAGAUGCUCAGGGGCUGAGGUCACUGGAGGGACCCUCACAGGACCCCUCUUGUUCUCUGGGACAGGAGGGGGCGUGCAGCGGGGGGAGAUGCUGGACCACGGCUGCAGGGCUCCACUCCCAUGUGUCUCACCCACUGCACGCCUGCUUCUGGUAGAGAGAUCUUCAGAGCAGAAUAAAGAGACUCCGGUGUGCACACGUGUUGUACGUGGGAGUGUCGUUUGCAGUCAGGCUGUAGAGUUUAUGGGCAAGCCCAUCUCCACAAGCCUCUUGAGACAGCUGCCUCAUAGUGACCAGCAGCAGCAAGCUGGGACAGGCAGCAGCUUCAAGGAUUCCCCUGCUCUGGCCACUGGCACCCAGCAGGAUCAGCUUUCUCAUCCCCCUGGAGCAGGAACCCUGCCUCUCAGGAUGAGCUCCCCCUGCCCUCCACUCUGCAGACCGUAAUACAAGCUCCAGACCAAAGACCCACAUCCAUGGAAUAGCCUUUCUGCCUCCACUCUGUAUCCCAUGCACUUAUUGUUGUCCUUAUUAAAGAAGUUUUGAUACUAA